CCUUGCUUCUGGUCCCUAUCUUCAACCCUCUCACCGCCCAGCUUCAAUCUUGUUGUCUCCUUCGUUUCCCCUCCCCUCCGCAUUGUCUGCUCCUCCUACCACCUCGCCAUCGCCUCCUCGUCGCUCGUUAUUGUGCCUUGCUCAAUCACUCUCGCCCGCCAAUGUCUAGUCGUUCCUGAGCUAGUUACCCCCCUAAAAGUGCUGCGAUUUUUCUGGCCAUGCCUCCUACUGAUCCUGCUCAAUUGGCCGCCAGAGACGUGUCCUUCUCGGACCUCGACUCAAUGUCUGCCCAGUGCUCCGAACAGAACACCUCAAGUCCCUCGAAGAAGCUCUGUAUGGUCCCAAAGGCACGCAGAAUGCCAAGCAAGAAGCCGAAAGACGACAGUUUACUGGCUUUUCUGUGCGCCCACAUUGUCGAACACCAGAUAGGCAUAUCCAUAAACCUAAUCCUUCUCCUAUCACUCGCACAUAUAUGCUUCCCUCGUGCUCGGCGGCGCACUCGCACAUUUUUUGAGCUCUCGUACCGCGACCCUUCCACCGGCCUCUACACACAAGGAUGGGACGACAUGCCCUUUGUUUUUCUCUGGACCAUCAUCUUCACCGGUCUUAGAGUUGCCGUCAUGGACUAUGUACUGAAGCCGCUUGCCAAUUUUGGUGGCAUUCGUUCGAAACGUGCAAGGGUCCGGUUCGCGGAGCAAGCCUGGCUUCUAGUAUAUUACCUUCCUGUAUGGCUCUUCGGAAUGUAUAUCAUGUACAACUCCAGUUUCUGGCUCGACCUACGAGCCAUGUGGGCCGACUUCCCUACUCGCACAAUGACCGGCCUCGUCAAGUUCUACUAUCUGGUUCAGUUCGCUUUCUACUUCCACAUGAUCAUUGUUGUGAAUAUUGAAGAGCGCCGCAAGGAUUACCACCAGAUGUUCAUACAUCACAUCAUCACAUGUGGCUUGAUCUCUAUGAGCUACUCCUACUACCAGACCAAAGUUGGAAUUGUCAUCUUGUGUCUGAUGGACGUUGUCGACAUAUUCCUCUCCACUGCCAAGGACCUCAAAUAUCUUGGAUUCAGCGUCGCCUGCGACGUCAUGUUCGGCCUCUUCAUCGUAGCUUGGUUCGUUGCGAGACAUGUCCUUUACCUCGCCGUGUGCUAUUCCACCUACGUUCAUGUGCCCGAAGUUAUGCCGUACGGCUGCUACGACUCUGUUACAGGAGAGAAGCUUGCUGAGACUGAAGAAAGUGGUAUCAUGACGCACAUUCUGCAAUCUUUUAGAGACCCUGGAGCCCCUGUUUGCUUCAACAAGCGCAUACAGUCAAACUUCCUUGCCUUCCUCCUGGCUCUCCAGGUCGUGACACUGAUAUGGUUCUAUAUGAUCAUCAAAGUCGCGUACAAAGUCGUUACGGGGCAAGGUGCAGAUGAUGUACGAAGCGAUGAUGAAGGCGAAGACGAGGAAGAAGAAGAUUUCGAUGUUGACGAAGACUUGGAGGCUCACCACCUGAACGGCAUGGUGCAAUUACCACUAGAGGAGGAAGUUGGCGUUGAAGGUCUGCAUUUCACUCGGCAAGGUAGUCCAAGUAAAGGCUCCGGAGUCAAAGGGUAUCGGCGCAAUGGGAACAAAAGCGGGAGUUCGCGAUCUAGCGGUAUCAGUAUACCCGGACAUGGGGACCACAAGGAGCUUCUUGGUAGAAUUGGUUGUGACAAGCCGUCAUGAUUACAUUACGAUAGAUGGCGUUGAAAUGGCGGGGUUUGAUAAUUGGGAGUGUGUCUUUGGGGGGGAAGAUCGCUCGACUUCCGUCAACGCUUACCAUAUCAUCAGCAUUGUUUGCGUACUAAGGUUUUUUCUCUCUCUCUCUGCGCUAUGGAACGUAAGAAUACCCACGAAUCGGAUUAGACCAGCUUUCUUGCACACACACACGCACACUACUUUUCGAACAUGACGAGAUAUGAAGAGAUAUGCAU